CAAGCAAAAAAAAAAAAAACAUUUCCAUCAAGAUCCGUUAUUUUAUAGUUCUUCGCCUACUGGAUACAAAUUGAUACAGACAGCUUACAACAAAAAAGAAAUAAUAAGCUGCAUAUAUUUUACGGUCAGCCAGAUUUGUUGUUCUUUCUUAAAAUGUCUUUUCAUCCCUGACUCGGUUGAAACAAAAAAAAAGAAGAUUGCACGGGGAAAAAAAUGGAGUCUAAUAAAAAUGUCCUUCCGAACCGAAGCUCGGAAAUGUAACCACUGGGCUACAGGGUAACUCCUUGAAUUGAGUAGCAAAUUUAACGAUACCUAUAAGCAAAUGAAAUGUAGUUUUUAUUGACAGCCUCACCUUGCUUUGGAAAAUAAGCUAUGAAGAAAAAAAUGAAGGACCUUGCCUUAGUUAUAGGUUUUUAUUGAAGUCCAUUUUUAAAUCUGUCCCAAAUAAAGAAAUGACCUCCCAAUUAGGAUCCAUACUUUCGCAGGUCUCUGCCUAUUGGAUACAAGCUAAUAAAGAGCAGCUUAACUAAAAUAUACAUGGCAACAUGGAUAUAUUUUACGGUCAGAAGGUGUUUAAUGUCCCGGGCUCGAGAGGAUGAAACUUCCAGAGGUAUGAUCGUUGUCAGCAUGCGCAAAACAACCUACAAGCUGUGCGAGCAAAUCAGGACUAUCCCGAAUGUGACGAAAACGUUGAAUCCCGAACCUUUUGUUGGCCAUGGACAAGGAAGUUAUGACGGAAUGGCGUGGAGAGAGGAACAGGAGUAUUUGUUAAAGCAGUUUAGAUCAGGAGUAACGAAGCUUCUCGUUUGCACCGGUGUGUUAGAGGAAGGACUGGAUGUUCCAGAAUUGUUGCCCCAUUUCAGACCAUGUGAUGAUAUUCAUGAGAAUCCUUGCUUUCAUCAAAUUUUCGAAUAUCACGUGACGAAAGUUUGGUGCUCAAAUCUGACGAACCCAGAUGAGGAACCACUUCCGGUUUGGCUCCAGCCCUCUCUCCCCAAGAAACGUCGCAGACCUGAGGGGCCUGUUCAUUGGCUAAAAGCAAAUCCCUUGUUUCUUGGGACUUUCAUCAAUCGAUGUCAUUUUCGAUCCGAAUGGCCUUCAGAGCCCAUCCUAAAGAACGUUCAUAUUAAUUUCGACCACAGCCUCAAGAUCUUGACCGUUCUCUUCUUCGUGCAAGGGAGUUCCUAUAAGUUGGAACUUCGAUACGAUGAGCUCGAAGAUUUCAUUGCGGUGGAUAGCGACGUGCAUGCUAAAGUGUACAAAGUUUUUCUCUCAGUAAGACACCCUCCUCGAUUGUACCAAGACAGUGAGGACAAUCUUCCACAAGGUGUUCACGGUGAUGGACAGGACGUCGACGACGGUUUCCAUGAACAAGAUGCUGAAGACGAUCUGAACGACUCGUUGGAUGAUCGGAGUGACUCGGAAAACGAAGGCUUCUCGACCGAUGAAGAAUACCCGGAUGUUGUAAGGAAUUUUCACGAACGUGCCUCCCGAGAUUCCUUUCAGGAUGAAAUUAUCUGGGAACGAGUGUCAGACAUCGGAAAUAGUGAAAAUGCUUGGAGCCAAUGCUUUACCUAUUGUCUGGUAAUACCAUCAGAGGAAUCCAUCAAACUGAGGCGUCUGUUGACUUCAAUUGAGAGAAGAUUCGACAAGAAGACAUUUUACUGUCGCGUUAAGAAGAGCUUUGGAAGACUUCCAGAUGUCGUCAUCCCACCCGAUUUGCCUUUUGAUGUCAAGUAUGCUGCACUGAGUGUCAUCAGUUUUCAUCCUGCAAUUCGCGGAAGAGAGCCUGUAACAUUUGGUUGCCUUCUGCAAAGUAAACCUCCUAAUAUGGUCAUCCAAGCCUUGGAGAAGUUAAAGAAAGCAUUGGAACAGGACAAGUUCUGCGAUCCUUGUAACACUGUUGAAACACUACUGAACCAGAACAGUCCGUCGACUUCCGGGAUUCAAAACAGGCUCGUCCCAAGCCAUUGUGCACUGAUUAAACGCGCGGUCAUCACCCCAACGAGGCUACUACUGUACCCACCGGAAGUAAUGGUCAAAAAUCGCGUGCUCCGAAACUAUAAAACGGAAGACUUCCUUUGCGUCAGUAUCCGUGACGAGGAUCUUUCUAAACUGUCGGCGGCAAGGGGAAGCGUUGAUCUUCUGCUUGAUGGUGUUCAGCGUGUUUUAGAUGAAGGACUGGGAAUAGCAGAUCAGCGGUUUCACUUCCUGGGGUCCUCUAACAGUCAGCUGCGUAACCAUAGUUGCUGGUUUGUCGGACCCAGCUUGCAACCGGCUGAAAUACGUGACUGGAUGGGAGACUUCAGAAAUAUCAAGUGUGUUGCCUCGUACAUGGCUCGCAUGGGACAGUGUUUUUCCACCUCCAUGGACGCAGUGGGCUUUGCUAUCAGUGAAGGAACUUUUUAUUACGAAGAAGACGAUGUUAAGACAGCUGACCACAAAUCCUGCUUUUCUGAUGGCGUAGGAAGGAUAUCUGAGGAGCUAGCCGCAGAGGUUGUCAAGAAAAUCGCCAAACCGUUUAAACCAUCUGCAUUCCAAAUCAGAUUCGCUGGUUACAAAGGAGUCCUUGCAGUAGAUCCCAGUCUACCGGGCAAACAGGCUUUGUUCCGACCCAGUAUGAACAAAUUUGAGAGCUUUCACCGCAGGCUGGAGGUACUGGAGACGUCUCGUCCCCAGGCCGUUUAUCUAAACCACCAGGUCAUCAUGUUGCUGUCCAACUUGGGAGUCCCGGAUGAAGUUUUCAUCCAAUUGCAGAACGACAUGUUAGACCAGCUAGCGGGGAUGCUGGUAAAUGAACAUGACGCUAUCCAGUUACUGGGAAGUGGAGCCAAAAUGGGCGUGUCCUAUCACAGUUUUUCAAGCGCUGGGAUACCGCUGACAACUGAGCCGUUUUUUAAGUCCCUUCUGGUCGCCAUGUAUAGAAAUAGCAUACACGAACUUCUCUCUCGAGCCCGCAUUCGUCUGCCGCCAGCGGGGGCACGUUUGAUGAUGGGCGUCAUGGACGAGUCGGGUGAAUUGAAACCAGGCCAGGUCUACGUGCAGUAUUCCGAGGAAUCAAAGCGCGAAGACAGGGAGGACGAGUUCAACAAGAACCGCAAACAUGUACUCACGGGACCGGUGGUGGUGACCAGGAAUCCAUGUCUACAUCCAGGAGAUGUUCGCCAGCUCGAGGCUGUAGAGGUACCACGGCUCGGCCACCUUGUGGACUGUAUUGUUUUCCCGCGUCGAGGAUCGCGACCCCAUCCCAACGAGAUGGCAGGCGGUGAUUUAGAUGGUGAUCUGUACUUCGUUUGCUGGAACGAAAGCCUGUUGCCAAGGAAACCGAAUUUCCCGCCAAUGGACUAUCCGGCACUUCCAAAAAAAGAGCAGGAUGAACCAAUCACAGCUGCUGACAUGACCAAGUUUGUGGUUGAUUAUAUCCGGUCUGACCAGUUAGGGGUGAUUGACAACGCGCACAAGGCCUUGGCUGAUGUGGAAAAAGGCGGAGUGGAAUCCGAGAUCUGUCUGCAUUUAGCAGAGCUACACUCCUUAGCGGUUGACGCUCCCAAGACGGGAAAGUGGCCCCAGGUGCCGAAAAUGAAACGGUUGGAAAGGUACCCUGAUUUUAUGAUGAAGUCCGAUAAAGCUAGUUAUCCGUCUGAUAAGCUGUUAGGAAAGCUUUAUCGACGUUGCCGAAAGUUUAAGGACACGGCGUCGGAGAAACACAGCCAGAAAAUGCGAGUCGACAGUUCAUUUCUGCUGUCAGGUCAUGCCGAGUACAUUGACAAAGCCAGAGAAGUGUAUGAACAGUACCGUACCGAGAUGGAAGCAUUGCUGCGUUUGUAUGGCAUUGAAACCGAGGCCGAAGUCUUCACCGGGUGCUUCUUAAAGCUUCGAAAUCGUUUACGCAAGGAGAAAACCGAGAUCGCAGAAAUCGUCGGCGAAAAGCUGUUCGCGAUGCGAUCGGAAUUCCGGCGGGAAUUCUUUCGUGAUUUCGACCACGAUGGGCAAUCGUUAGUGGAAAGUACGCAGAUCUCAAACAAGAUGCUCCUGAAAGCGUCAGCCUGGUACAAAGUGGCUUACACGCAUGCGCAUGAGCACGAAGAUGACUCUGAUCCAGUCCACGGAAAGAGGUUGCUCGGGCUCCCCUGGUUUAUCAAUGACGUCAUGCUCGCUAUCAAAGAGCGCAAAGAACCACCAGGUUCGAUUUCUGCUCAAGCCCUAGAUGUUAGUACAAUGGUGGGCCAGAGUCUCACCAGAUUGUUCAUUGAGGAGAAGAGCUGGCUACUUGAAGACUUCAAAACACGAGUGAGAAUAAAAAACAGGAUUUCUAGCCAUCUUAGAUCCUUCCAACCUAACCACUCGCUUACCAUGAUUGGAUCUUCGGCUACACUUCUGUUUCAUCAGAAGUCAGACCUGGAUCUCUGCUUUCUACCACAGAGGUCUCGUGGUGUUCCUGUGGGACAACCGGAAGAGAACAGCAGCUCGAUCGCAGUUCAAGCGAAGACUCUCCAGACACUCAUCCCACACUUGAAGGCGGAAACGCAAUCCGAAGAACAAGAACAUGAAGACAAAAACGCCAAAAAUCUAUUCUGGAAAGUUCGCUUGGUUAACAAACAGCAUUUCCCGGUUCUUGUUUGUAAGCGGCCAACAGAGAAGCUCCAAGCUGGUAGCAAUUGCCCGUCUAAUCUUUCCUGUGAUUUGAGUUCUUCUCCAGACAGUUUAAACUUGACCAUACUGGUGUCCAGCUAUACGAAGUCAUAUCCGCGACUGUUGCUGGUGCUGCGUGCCGUUCACCGAUGGUGUUGCGUGACAGGACUGUCACGCAAUGCGGCUGGUGCCGGAAACAUUUCUAAUAUCCUGGUCACCCUGCUUCUUGUUCAGUGCAUGCGCAAAGGGCUUAUUGGAAAUUUUAACGUAGAACACAUCGUGACUAAGAGGCAACAGCUAGUACAAGGUGGCGUGACGGAUGGCGCCCAGUACAUGGAAUGGGAAAAAAUCGUUCACCGUCUUGAAAAAAGUUGUAGCGAAAACCCAACGGACACACCCCUCACCCAAGAGGAGCUGGACACAGCCCAACUUGGUACAGUCCUUAUGACUUUCUUUCAAACGCACGACUCGUCUUUUGAAAAGGACCUCCCAGAUACCCUUGCGCGCAUCUUACAAGUGCGAAAACUUGCAGAGCUGCUUGACAAAGAGCAUUUACUCUUGGUGAAAGAACACAUGCAACGCGCCUAUCAGCUGUUAGCAUUGUAUGGAGAUGUGCAGAUCAUGCUGGCAAUAAGCGGCUCUGAAGAUUACAACGUAAUUUUCCUUUCUCCUCUCCUUACAACCUAUUUGGCAGGCGUCGAGAAAAGCAAGGCCCUGGGAAUUGCGAGAAAGACUGGGGCGACGAGCAUCGUCAUUCGUCCCAGUGUUUCCCGAUCUCGAGCUUCAGCCAUCCUUGAAGUGAAAGGAAGUGAGCCCGCCAUCCGAGCUGUGGAAAGAGAGCUGGAAAAAAUGUCUACUGAGGCGUCAAGUGACAGGGUGUCGCUCAUGAGUGGCUGUUUCGUGGAAGACGCCAGUCUGCUGUUGUUUGAAGGCAGUCGGAAUCAAAAUGAUCGCGUGACGCUGACACCAUAUGACGGAAACAACAUUAGAGUUCUUGUUUGUAAGCGGCCAACAGAGAAGUUCCAAGCUGGUAGCAAUUGCCCGUCUAAUCUUUCCUGUGAUUUGAGUUCUUCUCCAGACAGUUUAAACUUGACCAUACUGGUGUCCAGCUAUACGAAGUCAUAUCCGCGACUGUUGCUGGUGCUGCGUGCCGUUCACCGAUGGUGUUGCGUGACAGGACUGUCACGCAAUGCGGCUGGUGCCGGAAACAUUUCUAAUAUCCUGGUCACCCUGCUUCUUGUUCAGUGCAUGCGCAAAGGGCUUAUUGGAAAUUUUAACGUAGAACACAUCGUGACUAAGAGGCAACAGCUAGUACAAGGUGGCGUGACGGAUGGCGCCCAGUACAUGGAAUGGGAAAAAAUCGUUCACCGUCUUGAAAAAAGUUGUAGCGAAAACCCAACGGACACACCCCUCACCCAAGAGGAGCUGGACACAGCCCAACUUGGUACAGUCCUUAUGACUUUCUUUCAAACGCACGACUCGUCUUUUGAAAAGGACCUCCCAGAUACCCUUGCGCGCAUCUUACAAGUGCGAAAACUUGCAGAGCUGCUUGACAAAGAGCAUUUACUCUUGGUGAAAGAACACAUGCAACGCGCCUAUCAGCUGUUAGCAUUGUAUGGAGAUGUGCAGAUCAUGCUGGCAAUAAGCGGCUCUGAAGAUUACAACGUAAUUUUCCUUUCUCCUCUCCUUACAACCUAUUUGGCAGGCGUCGAGAAAAGCAAGGCCCUGGGAAUUGCGAGAAAGACUGGGGCGACGAGCAUCGUCAUUCGUCCCAGUGUUUCCCGAUCUCGAGCUUCAGCCAUCCUUGAAGUGAAAGGAAGUGAGCCCGCCAUCCGAGCUGUGGAAAGAGAGCUGGAAAAAAUGUCUACUGAGGCGUCAAGUGACAGGGUGUCGCUCAUGAGUGGCUGUUUCGUGGAAGACGCCAGUCUGCUGUUGUUUGAAGGCAGUCGGAAUCAAAAUGAUCGCGUGACGCUGACACCAUAUGACGGGCCGUGUCAUCAGACACACGAUCACCUAGCACGUCAUCUUGCUUUGUUGGAUCCGGAACAAGCUACCCUUAACGAAUACGCGUUUCGUUGCUUCAUUGAGAAGUUCUUUCAACAGCUGCGGGUACUGGAGAAAGAUUUCGAUUCUCAGCUGCAUGGCUGUUACGAAUUCGCCGUACACUUUGGUAGAGUGUACAUGUUAAGCGUACCACAUUCUUUGCUGGAAGACAGCGAGUCCAUCACCAUUGCCAUGCUACGAGCCAAUAAGCGGAAGUCGACCAUCCCUCAAGAAAACCGCCGGGCUCCUAAAGAGCCAAAAUUCGUGAACCAGGAGAUAGAACGCGCCCGUCGAAGAAGACGGCGUCCGAAACCCGCUGUUAGUACGGAUGAAAACCGAAAGAAGCGCGUACGAGCGAACCCUUCAAGAAGCUCGUUCUACACCGUUGUGCACUCGCCAGAGAGAGUGGAGGCAUUUCUUGAGGAAUUCCAAUUUCAUCCUGACCCAAAUCCCGCGGAAAAAUACCUGGUGGACAUUUGUGAUGGCGAAGUGGAAUUUUACGUUCGAUUUGACAGCAACCUUAAUUUUGUCGAGAUUAAGUUUCCAAAUCUCCGCUGGUGUAUGGUAGAUGUCAAAAGACCUUGGCAACGGCGCCCAGACCAUGACGCCAUACAAGAUGGCCGCGAGGCAGAUGAUGACGUCAUGCUGGACGGUUGGGAGACGGAUAUACGCUUCUUGUUACAGACCCGGAAUGCUUUGGGGCCGUGCGACAUCCGGGAUACAAAAUACGCGAAGUACCAGCACAUACUGGAGCCCAGUGAUUCCGUGCGGUCUUUUAAAGUUCAGGAAGACCUGUGGAAACAUGUCAGGCUUAUUCGUGUUAGCAGGCUGAGGAAGUUCAAGCACGUUUCACCGCCAGGUGGCUUCUUGUCUGGAUUGACAGUGUACCUUAAUAAAGUUACUGAAUAUUCCAGGCCCGCAAAAUCACAAGUGGAUGAUUUUGGGAAAGUGGUCACUCGAUGGGAGGUGUCACUGGAAGCAACGCUUCCAACAGAUGACGAGCAAGGAAUUUCAUUUAAGUUUCCAGCAAAAGAGACCAUGAAAAGGUUUCUACAUGAAGUCUGGAAAUUCGCGUUCUCGCUGUCCUCGUUCGUCUCGGAGGACAUGGUACAUCAGGCAUAUUAGUUUUCAGACCUCCCCAUCCGGCGAACUUAUGACGAUUUGUCACUAUGACUUCACGGGAAUGCACAAUCACCCGUUUUUUGGAUCUAUCUUGCAAUGCACGCUCGCCAAAGACAAGACACUCUGAGGGCAAUCGAACUCACUAACAUGCUGCGUUGCAAUUUUUAUAGAUAUUCAGGAUGGAUUUUUUCUAAGACAUUUGCCGUUGUACACGAAAUAGCGGUGUCAACUGACAAAACAACUUUUUGGAAACCAAGCGGUCAGAGUGUAGUUUUUCAGGCCAAUUAAUCGCUUGAUAUUUGGAAGGUACAUUUUAGUAAAUGACUGCCAAUUUUAAAUUUCUUUGUAAGCAUAAAUAUUUAGACUACAAGUAGUCCCUCUUCCGCUUAGUCCGUCGAGCGAGACCGUAAAUAAACCGCGAGGAAAAAAUGGCUGCGUGAAAAGCGCGCUUCUCGCCGCCAGGAUUUCGCGCGACCAUUUUUUUUCUCUCGCGGUUUUCUUUCUUUUUUUCUUUUCUUUCGAUAAAAUCAGUUAUGAAGGCAUGAUUGAUCAACGCAGUUGUACACACAACUUAAGCAGCUGUGAAAUUAAAGCCUGAAAAAAUAUAUAUAUAUUCAAGCCAACUGGAGCUGGUCAC